AUGCCAAAAACAAAUUUUUACAAACUAGUCGUCGAGCCAGAAGUGGAUGAUCCUUCAAAAGAGUGGUUCUUCUACAUCAAAACUCAAGACUUCAAGUCGAUACCCGGCGUCUUUUGGGAAUACUCCUGCGGAUGUUGCAUCAAAUUGCCAAGCGACUGCUCAGAUACGUUUCUUCGUGGUCCGACGGCUUGGUCCUUUGAUGUUGAGAAGAUCAACAAGAAAACUUCAUUUUGGGAAAAAGAUGAUUCGCCACCUACGAGCCAUGUUUACUGCCCAAAAGAACCCGAGUUUCUCCGCACUCUUCAAUGGCACCUGAAUAUCCUCGUUCGAAAUCCCCGACUUUUCCCACAUCGCUUGGUUCAUCUUGCAUCCACUGCUCUUGGCAGAGAGAAGCUCACAAAAGCGUUUACGACUCCAGCUCAAAUUCCUGACAACAACAAGAAUUCCUGCAGUCUGCUGCCAGAAAGUCUCCGAAAAUCACUCGUCGAAGAAAAUAUUAAGAAAACAAGUGGCGAAGCCUUGGGCGACGAAGAACUCGAAGAUCUCUUUGCUGCGCAAACGACCAAGAAGACGAAAAAGCAGAAAAAGCCGUCGAAGAAGCCAAACAAAGGAAAAACUCCAAACAACAUUCGAAAGACGAAGAAACCUGUUAGACUGUAA